GGUGCCGAGCAGGAUGCAGGGCCGCGUGGCAGGGAGCCUGGCUCCUCUGGGGCUGCUCCUGGUCUGUCUGCAUCUCCCAGGCCUCUUUGCCCGGAGCAUUGGUACAGCAGAGGAGAAGGCUUCCCUGCACCCCAGGGCUGAUGUGCCCGCUCUGGGACAGCCUCCCUUCACCGGCCCCUUGAGCGCUAGACACGCCCAGCCCCACGCCGACCCAGGGCCGCAUGAUGUUCCCGGGGCUCCUGCACAGUUCAGCGUGCCUCCACCAGGUGGCCCCCAAGCUGCAGGACGUGCAGGGAGGCAGACCCUGUCCUGGGGGCUGCCCCCCACGGAGUCCUGGCCUGCUGAGGUCCCUUGGCAGGUGAUGGCCGCGGCAGCUGAGGACCCUCUGGAGCAGGCGCUGCCCGAGGAGCCGGCUUACCUUUCGGGCGCCGGUGCACUCCCUCCGGGCAGCGAGCCGUGGCCUGUGGCGUUCUCUGCCAAAGCUGCACAACCCUCAUCCGAAGCUUCGCCCGUCCACCUGGACUCGGCAGCGAACCGGCUGACCCUCGCCACUCCGCUGGGGGUCUCGGGAGACCUCCUUGCCCAGCGCCCGUUCUGGUCUCUCAUCUACAGGCUUCUGCCUCGUCUGCCCUGGGGGGCUCUGAAUCCCAGUAUGCCUUGGGGAGGUGGGGUUCUGGGGACCGGAUGGGGAACGAGGCCCAUGCCCUACCCUUCUGGACCCUGGGGUGUCAACAGUAAGUUCCCAGGAGGCAGCUGGGGGAACAUUAACCGGUAUCCAGGAGGCAGCUGGGGGGGCACUAACCGGUAUCCAGGAGGCAGCUGGGGGGGCACUAGCCGGUAUCCAGGAGGCAGCUGGGGGGGCACUAGCUGGUACCCAGGAGGCAGCUGGGGGGCAGGCAGCUGGGGGAACAACAGUCGGUACCGAGGUGCUGGUGGGGGGAACGUUCCUCCCGGAGUCGUCCGUCCUCUCGGCCCUUCCUGGUACAUCCCCGCCGGCCUCUCUGAUCCGCAGAACCCGGGCUUGCAGUAGGGUUGGAGCUGAGCUCGGGGAGCCUGAGGAGGGCAGUCAGGACGGGGCGCUGCUCCUGCCCUCGCCCUGCGGGCGGCACCAGGCCUGGUCACUUGCUUUGCAGCCCGUGCUUCACUCCCCCGCCCCACACCCCCAUGCUGAUCUCCAAUAAACACAGCAGUCUUCCGCCUU